AUGCAGAAAAAAGCCAAAGUUUUACUUGCGCUCGUCGGCGGAGCGAUCUUUGUUUUGGGGGUUGCACUUAUCUUUAUAAGCUCUUACACCUCAAAAUACAGCAAGAGCCCUUCAACGGUCGACAUAUCGGUUGUAAACGACGAGCCUGAACGCGGUCAUUUAGAGACCAACUCAACCAUCCUUUUGCGGAACUCUCCUUUGGUGCCGUCAGCCAUUUUAAAUGAAAAUUCAAGCAACUCAAAUGACAUUCAAAAUGCUAAAAGCAUGCACUUGUCCGAUAUCCUGUUUUCCAUCUUUUUAAUUGGCCUAGCUACAUUCUUGCUUUGGUAUCCUAGCUAUCUUAGCCAAGACAUGCCUUCCAAACUCGACUUUCAUAAUGCCUGUGGGAUUUAUUCUCGCCACAUUUCCCCGAUCUCCUUUUUCGGCAUUCAUGUUGUCGACCUUUUCGGCAUUGCAGUGAUGUUUGUGUUGAUAGUUGGCUUUUUUCUCUGGAUUUUCGGGGUUGAUCCAUAUAUUUUUAUUCAAAUUCCUGAAUAUGUCAAAAAAAUUGUUUUGGACUGCAUCUGGUUCCCCGUGUUAAGCUUUUUAGAAGGAUGCCAUAAUGGUAUUCUCGCAAUCUUUAACGCGAAAACGCUUUCAGGUGUUAUGGAAAAUAUCAUUGCAUAUAUUAGAUCAACCGUAUUUUGGGAGAAACUUAGUUCAAUGGCAAACUAUUAUUUCGAUGAUGUUUUGCAAAAAAUUAUAAAUUUUCUUAUGGGAAUGGCAAGAAGCUCUUCAAAAGCCGCUUAG